UGCUUUUUCUGCACAGAGCUGUGCUUCCACUUCUCACUCAGACCAUUCUGCCCAUACCAAGUCUGCUUCUGCAAUAUCAUCUGACUCCGUCUCCACCUCGACAGACAACUUUUCCCCAGAUUUAAGGGUCCUGAGGGAGUCUAAUAAAUUAGCCGAAAUGGAGGAGCCACCUUUGCUACCAGGAGAAACCAUUAAAGACAUGGCUAAGGAUGUUACUUAUAUCUGCCCGUUCACUGGCGCAAUCAGAGGAACUCUUACUGUUACCAAUUAUAGGCUGUAUUUUAAAAGCAUGGAACGGGACCCUCCUUUUGUCCUAGAUGCAUCUUUAGGUGUAAUCAACAGAGUGGAGAAAAUCGGAGGCGCUUCCAGUCGUGGGGAGAAUUCCUACGGGUUGGAGAUUGUAUGCAAGGAUAUUCGAAACUUGCGAUUUGCUCAUAAGCCUGAGGGGAGGACUAGACGAUCCAUAUUUGAGAACUUAAUGAAAUAUGCUUUCCCAGUGUCAAAUAAUCUGCCACUUUUUGCAUUUGAGUACAAAGAGGUUUUCCCAGAAAACGGAUGGAAAGUCUACGACCCCAUUUGGGAGUAUAGAAGACAGGGAAUUCCCAACGAAAGCUGGAGAUUGACCAAGAUUAAUGAGCGCUACGAGCUAUGUGAUACAUACCCUGCCACUCUUGUUGUGCCUGUAAACAUUCCUGAUGAAGAAUUAAAGAGAGUAGCAUCUUUCAGAUCAAGAGGACGCAUACCAGUGUUGUCAUGGAUUCACCCAGAAAGUCAAGCAACCAUCACUCGCUGUAGCCAGCCAAUGGUGGGAGUGAGUGGCAAGAGAAGCAAGGAAGAUGAAAAAUACCUUCAGGCCAUCAUGGAUUCCAACGCUCAGUCCCAUAAAAUCUUCAUAUUUGAUGCAAGGCCCAGUGUGAAUGCUGUAGCCAAUAAGGCUAAAGGAGGGGGCUACGAGAGCGAGGACGCCUAUCAGAAUGCAGAGUUAGUGUUCCUGGACAUUCACAAUAUUCACGUUAUGAGAGAAUCACUGAGAAAACUGAAGGAGAUUGUGUAUCCCAAUAUUGAGGAGACUCACUGGCUGUCUAAUUUAGAGUCAACUCACUGGCUGGAGCAUAUCAAGCUCAUUCUGGCGGGAGCUCUUCGCAUUGCCGACAAAGUGGAGUCCGGGAAGACGUCCGUGGUCGUGCACUGCAGCGACGGCUGGGACCGCACUGCCCAGCUCACCUCUCUCUCUCUGCUCAUGUUAGAUGGCUACUACCGAACUAUCCGGGGCUUCGAAGUCCUGGUGGAGAAGGAGUGGCUGAGCUUUGGCCACAGAUUUCAGCUGAGGGUUGGCCAUGGGGAUAAGAACCACGCAGACGCCGAUCGCUCGCCUGUCUUCCUGCAGUUCAUCGACUGUGUCUGGCAGAUGACAAGACAGUUUCCCACAGCAUUUGAGUUCAACGAGUACUUCCUGAUAACCAUCCUGGACCACCUGUACAGCUGCCUGUUUGGGACGUUCCUGUGCAGCAGCGAGCAGCAGCGAGUGAAGGAGAGCCUUCCGAAAAAGACCGUGUCGCUCUGGUCCUACAUCAACAGCCAGCUGGAGGACUUCACCAACCCGCUGUACGUGAGCUACUCCAACCACGUCCUGUACCCCGUGGCCAGCAUGCGCCACCUCGAGCUCUGGGUCGGCUACUACAUCCGCUGGAACCCCAGGAUGAAGCCGCAGGAGCCUGUCCACAAUCGCUACAAGGAGCUGCUGGCCAAGCGGGCCGAGCUGCAGAAGAAGGUGGAGGAGCUGCAGAGGGAGAUCACGAGCCGCUCCAGCUCGUCCUCGGAGCGAGCGGCCUCCCCCGCGCAGUGCGUGGCGCCCGUGCAGACCGUUGUGUGACCGCGCGGACCUGUUCGCUGGCUCCCCUCCGGGCCCACGGGGCAGCUCUUCUGAAACGCCCUCCAUUCCCAUCGCGGCGGCUGGGAGAUGCCGCCUUAUUUAUUUAUUUCUCUCCAGGGUAAUUUAUUAGUACUGUAGCACUAGAGGAAGCUUAAGCAAGAAAAAGAAAUAAAGGCCCCCUAUGCAGUUACUCAGCUUGGUGGCGAGGUCACAACGGGAGCUGAUCGCACCCGCGACCCCAGGGAGCCUCGAGCUCUCUGUUCACUUCUGUGGGGGAAGUCACUUUGCUUUAAAGAGGGCCCGUGCACUAGAGUGAAGCCUGGGGAAGACAUCCCAGGAGGUGGGAAACUCGCCCCUUUGCCAGAAGGAGACCACAGGCCGAGGCGGGAGGAAGUUGCCGUCAUGCUGGGUGCUAGAGCAGGACUGGGCUGCUCCACAGGACCCUCUCUUUAAUGGGCCCACAGCAGUGUGCAUGGAAGUGUUUUGCCAACAUCUUGAAAGAGAACUAGUCACAGAAUGGGAAACAUAUCCCUGUCCCUGUUGUAUUUCCCUUCACUUGACACACAUCAUAGGAAGACACAUAAACGAUGCCUUAUUUAAAGAAGGGGCAUCUUCUACCAGCAGAACAUAGUGGUAGAAGAGCAGCCCACGUCAUUUAACAUUAUAGGACAAACUUUACUUCCCUCUCUAGGUUCUUAUUUAUGGUUUAUGGACAUGAUGCUGGACAGUCACUUAAGCACCUUUCUUCCUCAUGGCGGGAGCAGAGGGUGGCCUCUCCUCGGCCUCCUGCAGCUCCUCUGGGUUCCUGUGCCUCACAGCCAGGAGCAGGGAAGGUGGUGGAACAGCAAGAGGCAGCUGUAAAAAGCUGGGAUCAGGCAUUGUGUUUGGUAAACAGUAGUAGUGAUUGAAUGCUUCUGUGCAGGACCAUCGCGGCAUGCUUAAGGUAUUUAAUUUUUCUUGUGAACUAAUGGAACUGUAUCAACCAAAGAAGCCUUUCUGCCUGCUUUACAACUCCAACGUACCCUUAUUCCGGCAUACUGAAGAGCUCAGCCAUUUCUGAGCCCGAGCUUACAGUCUGUUCCCUCAGCUUGCAGGGUACUUCCAGUAUCAGGACUGCCCUCCUCACUGAACUUUGUGCUGAAUUUGGACCAACUUUUAUUGUAGAAGCAGCGAUAGAAAAACCAACCCCCUUCCUGGGGUAGCUCCAUGACUUGCAGCUGGCCUUCGCAAGCCCGCCAGCCUGUAGCUGACAGGGCUCUUACAAGUGGGUGUGUUUGCAAGGUUAUGUAUUCCAGGCUGCCUCAUUUCCAGACCACGAUGGUGGCUGCGCAGCCUCCGUUCCUAGGGUGGCCGUUUACAGUGGGAGCUCAUCCUG